AUGGAAAUGACGACACCAGCGCGAUUUCACGUCGGGCCAGCGGCGUCGUUUAGGAACAGGAGCCGGCAAUUGGUUAAAUGCGAUGAGCGGAACAUCGCUGUGUUUCGCUACAAGGAUUGCUUUUACGCCAUCGACAACGCCUGCUACCACCACGGUGGGCCACUGCUGGAGGGUGAUAUUGAGGAAAUAGAUGGGCACCCGUGCGUCGUAUGCCCGUGGCAUCAGUAUCAAAUCACCCUCGACACCGGCGAGGGUCUCUACUUGGCCCUGCAGAUGACGCCGUCGGGUGUGCCAGACAGGAAACUCCCACAGAAGGUCUGCUCCAAGGGGCAGAAACAACGCACUCAUAUCGUCACUCUGGAGGACGGUGAGGUCUUCGUGACCCUAAACACAACUGGUCCGCGGCUUGAGAGUGACGGAUACGCUGAAAUGGACAUCGCGAACAAGGAGGGAACGAUGGCUUCGCCCUUGGAGGAUUCUAAACGAAAAAAACAUCACAGUGUAAGUGGUUUUAGCCUGGGGAUACAUAGUGCGUGUCGCAGCGGGCAGGUUUUUGCGAAGAUGGCAACGGGGAUGAAGCCACGAUCGUUUACUCUCUCCGAUCGCCCAACUCUGAUGUGUGUCCGAGUUGAGCCUGUGUGCGACAGUACACAGGAGUUCUACUUUCAGCUUUCUCACGGCAGGCUUGACGCCAGCUCUCUUGUGCCGGGGAACUUUGUUGAUUUGGAGCUCCCCAUUGCGGCACCUCCUGGUAAGCGUUUUGUGCGACGGUGGACUAUUGUUGAGCUAAAUAAGGAAGGAUAUCUCUUUACCCUCAUCAUCAAGGCAGCAGCACAGUGUGAUUGUGGGAGCGCGUGGAUGUCAAAGAACGCACUGCAUCAACGAUUCCCGCUACUUCAUCAUGGUGGAAACUUUACCUUGACGCAUCACAUGAGUCGUCUGCGUGAGGUGAAGGGGCGCAUUGUGAUGCUUUCUGCGGGGUUCAGUAUGAUGGUGCUCUACGCCUCGCUCCGUUAUCACUUUGAGGGUAAACGUAUGCCGGAGUUUCCGAAACUUCAGAUUAUUCAUCUCCAUGUGGAACAGAGCGUUUCUUGCGUGCCAAGGUUGGGGGAUUUUGUGCGGUGGCACCAUGCCAAGGCGGAGCACUUCACCUACCGUUUUCACUGCUUCUUCACAAAGCAGAAGGCGCUGUCUGCAAAUUUAUCUGAGGAGGCUUCGUUGCGCUUGCUCGCGACAUGCGGUCAGCGGCCCGAUGAGGCGGACAUUCGGCGUUUUUUAGGCGAUUUUGUGGAACCGUCAUGUCCCGCUCUCGCCAUGGUGUGCGGGCCUCCUGCGUUUAUUAGUGUGGGAAAGCGUGUCGUGUUAGCCACUGGUGUCCUGCCCUCGGAUGUGCUGACGGAUGAGGAUGAAUCAUACAACUCCCUGUAG